CAUAAGGGAAAAGCCCAAAGCUCCAGUGAGAGAGACAAGUAAGAGAAAGCAGUGCAGCCAGUUCAGAAGGGAAGCGUUAAGCACCAACUUUCUCAUCGAAGCUGCUUUCUUCCUAACUCUAAAGGAUCUCUGCUCCAGGCAAAGUAACAACCUGAACAUGGCCUCAGAGACCCACAUGCCAGGCCCUGUGUGCCUCAUUGAGAACACAACAGGGCAACUGGUAGUUAAUCAAGAGGCUUUGAAGAUCCUGUCUGCCGUGACGCAGCCUGUGGUGGUGGUGGCUAUUGUGGGCCUCUACCGCACAGGCAAGUCCUACCUGAUGAACAAGCUGGCUGGGCAGAAAAAGGGCUUCUCUCUGGGCUCCACGGUGCAGUCUCACACCAAGGGAAUCUGGAUGUGGUGUGUGCCUCAUCCCAAAAAGUCAAAACACACCCUCGUUCUGCUAGACACUGAGGGACUGGGAGAUGUAGAGAAGGGAGACAACCAGAAUGACUCCUGGAUCUUUGCCCUGGCGGUCCUCCUGAGCAAUACCUUUAUAUACAAUAGUAUGGGAACCAUCAAUCAGCAGGCCAUGGACCAACUGCACUAUGUGACAGAGCUGACAGAUAGAAUAAGAGCAAACUCCUCACCUGAUCAUAGUGAGGUAGAAGACUCAGCUGACUUCGUGAGCUUCUUUCCAGCAUUUGUGUGGACUCUGAGAGAUUUCUGCCUGGAACUGGAAGCAAAUGGACAACCCAUCACUCCUGACGAUUACCUAGAGCUUUCAUUGAAGCUGAAACAAGGUACAGAUCAAAAAAGUAAAAACUUUAAUGAGCCUCGGUUGUGCAUCCGAAAGUUCUUCCCAAAGAGGAAGUGCUUCAUCUUCGACCGGCCCGCUCCAAGGAAGUACCUUGUCCACCUGGAGCAGCUAAAGGAGGAAGAUCUGAACCCUGAAUUCAUCAAACAAACUGAAGAAUUCUAUUCCUACAUCCUCAGCCACUCCAAUGCCAAGACCCUCCCAGGUGGCAUCACAGUCAAUGGGCCUCGUCUGAAGAGCCUGGUGCUGACCUAUGUCAAUGCCAUCAGCAGUGGGGAGCUGCCCUGCAUGGAGAACGCAGUCCUGGCCUUGGCACAGAUAGAGAACUCGGCUGCAGUGCAAAAGGCCAUUGCCCACUAUAACCAGCAGAUGGGCCAGAAGGUGCAGCUGCCCACAGACACCCUCCAGGAGCUGCUGGAUCUGCACAGGGCCAGUGAGAGAGAGGCCAUUGAAGUCUUCAUGAAGAACUCUUUCAAGGAUGUGGACCAGAAGUUCCAGAAGGAAUUAGGGGCCCAGUUGGAAGCAAGGCGAGAUGAGUUUUGUAAGCAGAACGUGAAAGCAUCAUCAGAUCAUUGCAUGGCUUUACUUCAAGAUAUUUUUGGUCCUCUAGAAGAAGAUGUGAAGCAGGGGAUAUUUUCUAAACCAGGAGGUUAUCGUCUCUUUAUUCAGAAGAAACAAAAGCUGGAGAAGAAGUACCACCAGGCACCCAGAAAAGGGAUACAGGCAGAAGAGACGCUGAAUAAAUACUUGAAGUCCAAGGAGGAUGUGGCUGAUUCACUUCUGCAGACUGAUCAGUCACUCACAGAAAAGGAAAGAGAGAUUGAAGUGGAACGUAUAAAGGCCGAAUCUGCAGAAGCUGCGAACAAAAUGUUGGAGGAAAUCCAAAAGAAGAAUGAACAGAUGAUGGAACAGAAAGAAAAGAGUUAUCAGGAACACGUGAAACAAUUGACUGAGAAGAUGGAGCAGGACAGGGCCCAGUUAAGGGAAGAGCAAGAGAGGACCCUCGCUCUUAAACUUCAGGAACAGGAAUUACUUCUCAAAGAGGGAUUUCGGAAGGAGAGUGAGAAACUUCGUGAAGAGAUUCGGAAUAUGAAGAUGAGAAGCAGUUCAUCAGGCCCAUCAUGUAACAUACUCUAA